AUGCAACACCUGCUACAUCCGAAUCUCACAUCCUCGGACGGUCGCGGAACUAUCAACCGUGCUGAGCGCAAGACCUACGACAAGGCCCAGUCAGAUUCAAAGAAACGCUAUGAGAUCACACUGGCACAGAAGAGUAAGACGUGCCCGAAAGCAUAUUACGGUUAUGUACAGGCGAAGGCAGCCACUAGGGAAGCUAUCGGUUGUAUCCGCGACGCCGGUGGCAACCCAACGCUCACUAGCUUAGAAAAGGCUUCCGCUCUACAACAUCAUUUCGAGGAGUCGUAUACUGUGGACCUGGGCAAUACCCUGCCGGCACGCAGUAUCACGACGGAGUGCCCUAUGGAUAAACUCCUUGUAGAGCCACAGGAAGUGGAAAAAGUAUCAAAGCUUUAA